ACAUGCUUACACUUAGCUGUUUGCACUGUCUUUACCAACUACUAAAUUGUUAUAAGCAUUAAUCAUUCUAGUGGUUAUGUACUCUGUGAACAUUUAAUAGUUGGAAGUUGGAGCCUCCAAGUUAAAGGCGUAGAGAUUUUGACUUUUGUUUGUGUUUGACAGUUUCUCUGUCUACGGUUUGACGUUUUUGUUUUUGGUAGUUAGCUGAGUGCUGAAUUCUGAUUAGUUACCGAGUUUCAGAUUUGUGGCGCUUGUAUUGAAACUGCGAACUUGUGUACAAAUAUAGAAAUGUGAAUGAUUUGCAAAUUAGAAGUGCUAAUAGAUCAUUUGGCUUACAACGCGUUAAAUAACACUUUUUCAGCGAUUAAAGCAAAGAUAUGACCAUCUAUAAUUGUGAUGAAUCUUCGAACCAAAUCAAUAUUUUGCCCGACGAGUUACUAAUUUAUAUUUUUAAAUAUCUUCCUCUUGAAACUAUUCUCUGUUGUGAAAAUGUAUGUAAAAGGUGGAAAAAAUUAGCUCGCGACCAAGCAUUAUGGAGACGCAUUGUAUUAAUUUAUUCCGGUAAACCUGGCCAAAGUGAAGUAAGUGAAAAAAACCUUGAGAUCAUUUCAACCCAUAGCAAGUAUAUUUGCUGUUUAAAAAUACAAUAUGUAUAUAGUUACCCAUCUAUUAAAUCUGUUAUAGACCAAUGUAAAAACUUAAUAAGCCUUGAAUUAGUAAUGUGUCGAAUUGGAGAAGAAUUUGUGAAUGAUAUAUUGAAAUGGCCUAAUUUAAAAAAAUUAAGUUUAAAAAAUUCUAUUUUGCUUUCUGGAGAUAAAGAUUUAAUCAUUCCAUUUGAUAAAUUAAAACAAUUAAAUUAUCUAGCUCUGUCAGAUUUUGGUCUAUAUUCUUUUAAUUGUGAAACUUUAUUGCUAUGUAGCCAUCUCAGUCAUAUUUUAAUUGAAAAGGUGAAAAACUUGGAAUCCCAUUUUAUAAAACAACUGAUCACUUCUCAACAGAAAAUACUAGAGACUUUUUAUAUUUAUGGUGGAAAUUCUGUUGAUGAUAGUUCUUUAAAACAACUAUCUAAUUGCCCGCUUCUGAGAGAUUUGGCUAUAAUUAGGUGUGAAAACCUGACAGAUGAUGGAUUGGUUUCAUUAAUUUCUUUAAAAAAUAUAGAGCAUGUUCAGGUAUGGAAUAACGCAAACUUUUCAGAAUUAGCUUUGUUGAGGACUCUUGGAAGUUCAACAUUCAUAAAUUUGCAAAGCUUAAGCCUGUCUAGAAUACAAAAUAUCACUCCUGUCAUAGUUGAUCUUAUAUCUGAAUGUUAUAAGAAUCUUAAAUUUUUAGCAUUAUAUCAGUGUCCUAGAAUAAUAAAUACAGAUUAUGAAAAACAACUUAAAUCAAAAUUUAGAAAUAUUGAUGUAGUACUUUAUUAGUAAAUGAAAUCUGUUGGUACUUAAAGAAAACACAUAAUAAAAUCCAAAUACUAAGUAUAUUCACAGUUUAAAUAAUGGCAUUGUAAUGAUUGAGAAAAAGUCAAGACAAUAACAAUAAAGUACAUUUUUAUCAAGAUUUUGAUUUUAUAACAUUACAAUCAUUCUCAUUUAAUACCUAUAUGCUGUACUAAAGAAACAUAUUCUAGGUAACUAUGGUUUGCUACAGUCAUAAGCUUAAGAUAUACUUUCAAUGUAUAAUAAUUGUUUCAACAUUUCUGUUCCUUGACAAAAGCUUGUCAACAUGGUAAUGCAAGAGGGCACAAAAAUCCAAUUAAGUUUAAAAUCUAAUUGUAAUUUUAAGCUAACAACUAAGUGCUAUUGGUAAAAGGUAAUAAUUUAAUCAGUGACAAAUAUGCUUUACUCUCUUGAAGUACAUUUUUGACAUGCCACUAUAAUUUCACAUUUAUAGUAGGAAACAUAAUUAUGUAUAAAAUUAUUUUUCAGUUAAUGUAAAUAACUAAUGAUAAUAAUUCCUUUAAGGUAAAUGUGAUGUGGUUUUAUUAAGUGAUUAUGUAUUUUAUUAUGUUUGCAGUAAAAUAAGGUGUAAUACAUAUUGAUUAUUUAUUUGUAUGUAUAUAAAGAAGUUUUAUAACAAUAUAUAAAAAUAUAUUUUUACAUCACUCUAUUUCUAUUUAUCACGGCAACCUCAACCUCAUCCUCCAUUGUUGAUAAUUUUAAAAACUUACCUGGCCUCAUUGAAACUAAUUGAGUCAUAAAGGGUCCAAAAUGUUACUUCAUAAAAGUUCACCAAAACAGACAAAAGAAAAGCAAGACCUAAUAAAAUAUAGUAACAGUUCUCGUUGUUGUAAGUACAUUAUUAAGAAAUUUAUUUAAUUUUUUAAGAAGAUGUAUAUAAACUACUACUAUUACAACAUUGUGCAUCACAA